CCAGCUGAAGUCAGACUUCCAUUUCUUCUGUUCUGCCGAAAGACCUACGCUCCGCCGCCGCCGCCGCCGCCUACUACCACAACUCGCAGCCGCAGCCGGCGACCAUGGCGGAGGAGGCUGCGGCAGCAGCAGCGGCGCCUCUCCUCGAGGGCCUCCCAGAUGAGAUCGUCCUGUGGGAGAUCCUCGUCCGCCUCGACCCCAAAUCCCUCCUCCGCUGCCGCGCCGUCCGCCGCGCCUGGCGCUGCGCCACCUCCACCCGCCGCUUCCUCCUUGCCCACCACGCCCGCCAAUCCGCCCUCCCCAUUUUCUCCAGCGACGGAUGCCGUAACCUCCUCGCCUUGGACCACCGGGCCGCCCAGCUCCACACCGUCGCCCGGCAUGACGAGCCCUUCUUUCUGGAGGCUUCCUGCGAUGGCCUCCUUCUAUCCAGGUCUUAUUCUGGCCGCCGCCUCGCCGUCUACAACCCGGCCACGCGGGAGCAUGCCUCCCUCGGGAGGUUACCGUCGGACUUCAGGAUCUUGGGGAUGUACCCACACCGCCCCACUGGAGAGUACCGGCUGCUACUGACCAACCUCAGAGGCCCUGAAGGCCAAAUCGGCUGUCAUGUCCUUACGCUGGGCUCCGACCAGCCACCGAGGUACAUUGGGUGGUUGGAGAUGGUAAAACCGCUCUUGUUCGAGAUAUCUGCCCUGUUCCGUGAUAGCCUACAUUGGUUCCUACAGAAGUAUAGAAAACAUGUAUUGGUAUUUGACACCACCACCGAAUCGUUCCGGCACAUGCGUGCUCCUCUUGUUCUUGGCGACAGUGACCCUGGCCUGUUUGAGAUGGAUGGCACGCUCGGCAUCAAUUGCCAUAAUGAUGCCAUGGGAAUCAUCACCAUAUGGGUGUUGCAGGAUUACGAAAGUGAGGUUUGGGACAUAAAGUACCGAAUCAAAUUGCCGGUUGGUGAAAUCAGGGAGAAGUUUGGAGACGAUGGUGAAAGCUGGGGUUUGGGUGUUGGUGUUCUUUCAGGGGAUGGUGACGUCCUCUUGCUGCUCAAUUUUGGUGGGUGGCUGCUUCAAGUUGACAGUGAUGGCAAAUUGAUUGAAAGUUUCGAUUGUGGUCAUAGAGACCUGGCGAUAUAUGAAUAUCAGCUCAAACAAAGUCUUGUCCAGCAUACCUUCUUCCCGGCUCUAAAAAGUGGUAGUGCCCCGCCUUUGAUCUGAUGGCUGUUGAGUGAGAUGGUGCUUCUUUCUUCCUAGCUGUCAUAUCCUCAUGAGCUUUACCAUCUAUGUAUUGGACCAAGUAUGAGCCUACUGGCCUCCUCUUUGCUUUGCUUUGCACUGAUGUAUAUAAGUUAUUAUCAAAAGCUCUGGUUGUAAUGUGGUUGCAUGAAAUCUAUGCUUGUCUUCAUAACCUUUCGGGCUGAAGUGACUACUGUGUGCGUUGAUGCUAAAAUCAAGAUGUCAUUUUGCUCUGC